CAGUGGAGGCAAAACAAGAGUGGCCGCCACACUCAGUGCCGACGCUGCUUUGCUGCUGAGCGGAAUGUACCCACACUGUGCUGCCUCGUAAGAAUACGUGCAUUUAGUGACUUUACUGCGUGACUUUUGAAACCUAAGUUCCUUAGGUUUACAUGCUAAUUUACACCUCGGUGGUGUCAUGUGUGACAGCUAGUGUGUAGGAAGACAGCACACGUGGAGGUUGUGCGUCACCAGUGUGCGGAACGUUAACAUAGCACUAUAUCUCACCACAUGGACAGUGUACUACGAAGCUAGGAGCAUGGACCUGACAUAAACGAAGAACUUUGAAACACUGCAGCUACGUCGCAUCAGCAACUUUAGUGAGAAAGAUGACGCCACGCGCGGGAAGGAGCAAAGUGGCGGCGGUGGCGGCAACUGUAGCGGUGGUGGUCGCUUGCUGCGUGGCGGCGGUGGCGGGGCAAGCAGAAGACGUGGCCACGACCACUACCCAGGAAGACAUCACACAAGUCGUUCCCGGCGAGGACGACACUAAUGACGAUCAGACGACUACUACAACGGAGAGUGAUGGUGACACGAAUACAGAGCCACCGGAGACCACAACAACGACGACUACAACCGACAACAACAACAACAACAACAAUAUCACCACCACCACCACCACCACCACCACGCCGGCCACAGUCGAGGAAACAACGACCACCAUUGCCCCACCAAACCCAGAGGAGACAAACACCACCACAGCGCACCCAACACCAGUACCCACCACCAACGCCACUCAGCCGCCAACAUCUAACGCCACGACCACAACUACCGCGGCGACCUGUGGAGUAAACGCAGACCUCCAGGAAGGGGAAUGUGUGUGCCGGCAAGGUUGGAUCCACGACCCUGCCGACCCCACAUCGCCCUGCAUCUGCCCUGACCUCUGCCAGACCAAGAACUGUCCUGCUGAGGGUUCGUGCAGCCAAGUGACCUGCCACCUGGCCAUCUGCACCUGCCCUGACAACCUGGCUUACCGCGCUCCAACUCCACUUGUAUUACAACGUUAUCUUAGCCCCUGUCAGCUGUACGGAGACGCGGUGUGCGGGGCGAAUUCAGGUUGGAAGUGUCGGGAAGAAGACGAAGGGGGAAGCUUGAACUGUCAGUGUGCCGAGGGUUACACGCUACUGGAGGGCGAGUGUCUAGAUAUUGACGAGUGUAUUAGCGAAAGUGGCUUUCCGUGCGGCCCCAAUGAGCAGUGUGUCAACUCGGUCGGUAGUUAUUCAUGUACCUGCCAGGAGGGGUUCUUCAGGGUGGCAAACGGCUCCUGCAUCAAUAUGAACGAGUGCCUCAACCCACUUCUGCAUAAUUGUGACCACGUGUGCCAUGACGCCCAUCCGCCCACGCGCUACACCUGUGACUGUUUCGCUGGUCACACCUGGAAUGACACUCUCCAACGGUGUGUUCUUGACGAUCCAGCGACUUCUUGUGAGUGCGGCCCGGCAGAGAGGAGCGUGUGUUUCCGGUCCCUGGAGGGUGAGGAGGAACAGUGCUUCGCGAGGCCAGGCUUCACAAAGAACGACACUGCCUUCAUCGAUGCGUCAGAGUGCGGGGAGCCGAGCAGCGAGCAGGCGUGGUGCUGGGCGCAGGGCCAGUGUGUGGAGGGCGUGGGCAGCUCAGAGUGUGUGUGCACCACAGGCUUCACCCGCCCACAUCACACCGCCGAAUGCGUGCGUGUGUCGUGUCCCGAGGGAAUGCUGCUGGCCGGCUCGGAGUGUGUCGACCCAUGUUCGUCCGUGACCUGCCCCACGCCCCUCACCUGCCAGGCGCAGGGAGGCAAGGCCAGCUGCAAGUGUCUGAGUCGGUGCCUCAACCUCCAGCAGCCUGAGAGUAACUCCAGCGUGUAUCACGGCUCGAUGCUCGUCCACGCUGUGUCUCGGGACUUUGACAUAUCGGGCCGCGUCGUGAAAGCUUUGGAGGAUUACUUCGGACCGAACACUGCCGAGGUUAUCUCCGUCACAAAAAUAAACGCCACGGAGCUUCCAGACUCUCAGCAGACCAACGUGAGCGUAGAGUUCGCGUUGGUGGUGCCGCAGCCUAACAUAUCACGAGAACUGCCAAAGGUGAUCAGGAGUGUGUGCCGGAGCGUGGAGAGCCAGCCCUCCCUGUGUGUGCUGCCGGGCGGCCUGCUGCUGGUACAGGACUCCAUCACCGCCAUGGACAAAGAUCCGUGUGGUGAUGAUCCUUGUCAGACUGAGCAACACUUCACCUGCAGAAUUAAGCCAAACGUGACAGGUCGCUUCGUCUGUGACUGCGCUGCGGGCUUCUACAAGAUGGACAUUGCUAAUUCCUUAGGAUACUGCCAAGAUGUGGACGAGUGUGAGGGCGAGGAGCAGCUGUGUGCAGAUGACCAGGACUGUAUCAACACUGCGGGAGGUUUUGUCUGCUCGUCGAAACUAACUGCACUUGGUCCAAGUCCCAAGACCGUGCGGGAGAUGGCAAUCACCUUCGGAGUGCUGUUCUUCAUCACUCUCCUGGCACUCAUCGCCGUGCUCUGCCUCCUCAAGAAGAAGCACAAGGCAACCAGAGAGCUUGUACCCAUGACCACGGGUUUUGACAACAGUGCCUACAAGUAACACAGCACCACAGAGCGGCCAGCUGGGGUGGGUGGCCGUGGGAAAAGGACGCGACAAAAGUCCUUCAUAACAAGCCCCGGGUGAAGAGACCAGGGCAAGGCAAGUUAAGAGUGAGCGGGUGUGCAAGAGUGGUGAACAAACAAAAACUAUGGUGUUGUUACCUAUCAGACCAAAAGCCACGAAACUUUAUUUCAGCUAAUAUAGAUUAAUAUAUAUGUAUUUUUUCAAGGCUCCCUUCCAAUUUCAUAUAUAUGAGAAGCAAACCAGUGCAGGAAGUAUAUCGUACAGCACGUGUCUAUACAUGACAGCUGUGCUGCCACACUCUUGAGGCACGGUAGUGGGAACAGCCAGUAGUCUGAGAGAGAGAGAGAGAGAGAGAGAGAGAGAGAGAGAGAGAGAGAGAGAGAGAGAGAGAGAGAGAGAGAGAGAGAGAGAGAGAGUGUGUGUGUGUGUGUGUGAGCACAUACAUACAUAUAAGCAUAAUACAGAUGCAAAGCUUAAUAUUGUUUACUACAUAGCAUCAUCUCAUAAUCAUUUAUGUAUCUCACAGUCACAACACACCAAGACGUAACCUUAUAAACUCUACACUCCGCUAUGUAUGUAUUGCUGCUUUACUGUUCCGCUAUGUAUGUAUUGCUGCUUUAUUGUAAGAUUUCACGAAACCCCUACUUAUUUCGUGCAAAUGUUUCAAUGAUCAUAUUUCCAAUAUUGUUUCCUUUAAUGAAAAAGAUCAGGUUUGACUUGGUUUGGUUAGGUCACUAUAGAUUCAGCUUAACCAAUCGACCAAGUUAGAUUGAUUUGUAAAUUUUUAAGGUAUGAAAUUUGUGAACCAACUGGAAAUUUGAAAGUUGGUAUACAAUUUGUCUUAUCCAUAAACAAAACUAAAUGACUGAUUGGGUAAAAUGCAACUACAGCAGGCAAAACGUAAUCUAAGUUUUAUUAACAAAAAUAAAUAAUAGCAAAAAUA